AUGAUAUUGACGUACAAUGGUGUUGACACCGAUGGAACUACCACGUAUGGUGGUUACUCCGAUAUAAUGGUAACCAAUGAGCACUACGUGGUCCAUUGGCCCGAAAAUUUACCAAUGGAAUCAGCUCCCCUGUUAUGUGCAUGGAUCACAACUUAUAGUCCUUUGAGAUAUCACGGACUAGAUAAACCUGGAAUGCACAUUGGUGUUGUUGGUUUUGGUGGUCUGGGGCAUAUGGCUGUGAAAUUUGCUAAGGCGUUCGGAGCCAAAGUUACUGUGAUAAGUACAUUUGUUAGUAAGAAAGACAAAGCAAUUGAUCGUUUAGGGGCAGACUCGUUUUUGGUCAGUCGUGAUCCUGACCAAAUACAGGGUGCAGUGGGGUCACUAGAUGGCAUCAUCGAUACUGUAUCCGCGAUUCACCAUCUUCUUCCAUUAAUUAAUUUGUUGAAAACUAAUGGGAAGCUUGUGAUGGUUGGUACCCCUGAAAAACCACUAGAGUUGCCUGUAUUUCCCCUGUUUUUAGGAAGGAAGCUAGUGGCGGGGAGCGCGAUAGGAGGGAUGAAGGAGACACAAGAGAUGGUUGAUUUCGCGGCAAAGCAUAACAUAACACCAGAUGUUGAAGUAGUGCCAAUGGACUACGUGAAUACAGCGUUGGAAUGCCUUUUGAAAUCGUACGUGAAGUAUUGUUUUGUGCUUGACAUUGGCAACACGUUGAACAAGAAUUGAGAUGAGGGGGACAUCUUGU